AUGACUCCAGACAAAGCUUACCCACAAGCCGAGCGUGACCGACUGAUCGGAAUUGCCAGCAGGCCGGCAACGGAAGUUCCCCGCGCAUUUAACCGGUCCCGAGGCACCCCGCAAGUCUCAGCGGCCAUCUGGCUUGAGGCAGAGUCUUAUUGCUGCGCUGCGAUAGGACAGCCGCAGGGAUCAGUGUACCCGAUUUCCCACACUCAGGUAACAUCACCGCGCCAGCUCCGUGCAAACCCGUCAACCGUUACACUCGCCAGAUACCUCCGUGGGAAAAAUGGAGAAAAUGGAGACAGCCGCCCGGGCUUUUCCGGAGAUUCGCCGAUGCUGAACGGGGUAAAUAUAACCGCUGGCUCAGAUUCUUGCCCUGGUCGAUUUCUGGCUCGAAAUCCUGGGGCCGCGCGUGUGGUGGGGAGCCAGACGGAGUCAAGGGCAGGAAUGAAGGGAUUGGGAACUGACGACAGACCAGCCGAAGAGAAUGUGAUUCCGGUAAAGGGUGCGAGGCUACGUGCCCCUGCAUCCCGAGGUUUCGUGCAUGCGUUCUUGGACCUCCUUGGACUCUUAGUAGGCCCUGUUAUGCUCCAGGAUGACAAUCCCAGCAGAACCACGAGACGACGGAGUACGGUGCGUACCGACCGCCCAGCCAGCCGCAGAAUGGCCUCGGGAGAUCAAGGGCAUGGGGAUCUGACGAGUCCCCUCUUCACGGCCAUCCACGGUACUGGCCACCUACCACUUAGGACCUCGUACAUCACGACCCGGCGACGCUCAGUGGCUCACCCGACCCGUCACCCCGGAAUUUCUGGCCUAUAA